AUUUGUUCAAUCCGACAAGUAAAACCAAAUAAACAAUCCUACCAAGAUGUUCAAGUUCGUCGCUGUCGCAAUCUUCGCUCUGUUUGCCUGUGUGGCCGCCAAGCCCGGAAUCGUGGCUCCUCUGGCCUACUCCGCCCCCUACGUGGCCUCUCCGUACGUGGCGUCUCCUUAUGUGGCGUCUCCCUAUGUGGCCUCCCCGUACUCCGCCGCCUAUGCCGCCCCCUACACCGCCGCCUACACCGCCUCCUACGCCGCUCCCUACGCCGCCGCCUACACAUCUCCGUACGCCGCCGCCUACACCGCUCCCCUCCUCCUGAAGAAGUAGAUUUCGGGACAAAUCGUCGACGUCGGAGCAAAAUAGAUGGACACUUGCAAUGAAAUUUGAAUAAACUCGCAAACAAACGAAA